UGGUGGACCUGAAGACCAGCUGACGACUUCGAACAUGAGUGGGACCCUUCCCGAAUACUCAGGACUUGUCCGAUGGACGAUAAACGACGUGGGACAAUGGCUGUCUUCGAACGCAUUUCCCGAAUUCUGUCGGAGCUUUCGAGAGGCAGGGAUAAAUGGUAUGAAAUUUGUGGAAUUGGAUGAAACAGAGUUGAAUCGAAUGAGAACGCCAAUGAAUAAGAGAGGUAAAUUGAUGUCAAUUAUUAAAAGCAUCAAGAAACCGGAUAUUUCAGGAGUACAGAACAUCAUCAGUAAUCGUGCACCUGCAAGUCCUCGAGUCCCUCAGAGGGACUAUAACCAGAAAGCAGCUCCACCCAGCUCUGCUCCACAGAUAGACAGUGAUGAUUCUGGAUCAGGUACAGAUGAUGAUUAUGAAUGGGCUGCCAGCGAUUUUGAGGAUGAACAUGAUGAUGGAGGACAUGGUCACAGCUCUCAUCACAGAAAUGGUCAUACAGAUCAGAACCAGCAAGAUUCAGACUCUAGUCCUGAUGAUGACUAUGAAAACACAAAGGAACAGUUAGCUCCACCAGUUCCGGGACGAGAACCAGCUCCCAAGCCAGCGUUUUCUGUUGCUAGUUUGAAAACAGCACUAAGUGACUUUAAACAAAAUUCUGUGAAACGGAUAGGACAACAAAAAUUUCAAGAUGGUCCAGAGGAGGCCUAUGAUCAGCCUGACCUAAAACAGCCCCCUCCAAGUCGCCCAGUGAGAGCUGCACCCCAAGCGUCACCCCAGCCUGUCGUGCCAUCCCGUCCUGGUCGGCGUGCCCAGCCACCACCUCCAGAGAUUGAACAGCCUACAUAUGAAGAGACUGAUGAUCCUGAGCCGGCCCUGCCAGCACGCCCCGGUCGACGAGCUAAACCAGCAGAGCAGCCUCCACCUCCCCAGCCAGCCCGACAUGGUCGACGAGCCCAGCCAGCCCCACCUCCACAGGAUGAACAG